ACAAAGCUUUCUUGGUUUUCUUCCACUUUUAGGUUCUGUGAUAUUUCAUUUUCUCUGUAGCCUCCUCUUAAGCUAUAAUGUUGCCAGACAAUUUGAAGUUGGAUUCCAUAUACUUAACUGCAGCCUUUGUAGCCAUAGUUUUGGCUGUGUUUGUGCUUAAGAAAGAUGGCAGGAGCAGAAAAUAUCAUGUUGUUGCUGGCACUGUCUUGCACCAACUGUUCAAUUUUCAUAGGCUUCAUGACUACAUGACAGACCUUUCAGCAAAACACAAAACUUACAGGCUACUUAGCUUAGGCAGAAAUGAGAUUUACACCACAGACCCCAUUAAUGUUGAAUACAUCCUCAAGACAAACUUUCCAAACUAUGGAAAGGGUGAGCACCAGCAUACCAUGUUGAAGGACCUUCUGGGUGAUGGGAUAUUUACAGUGGAUGGAGAGAAGUGGAAAAAACAGAGAAAGACAGCAAGCUAUCAAUUCUCCACCAGGAUUUUGAGAGAUUUCAGCAGUUCAGUGUUCAAGUCUACUGCUGUUAAACUUGUGGCGAUGGUAUCUGAUGCUUCAAUCUCAAAUCAGAUGUUAGAAAUACAAGAUUUGUUUUUCAAAUCAACCCUAGACUCAGUGUUCAAGGUUAUUCUUGGUGUAGAACUAGACACCUUGAGGGGAACAUACGAAGAUGGCACCAAGUUCUCCAAUGCUUUCAAUGAUGCAAGUGAAAUAACUACACUUCGCUAUGUUGAUAUUUUCUGGAAAAUCAAGAGGUUCAUGCACAUAGGAUUAGAAGCCUCAAUGGGGAAAAAUAUCAAAGUGGUUGAUGAAUUUGUGUACAAAGUAAUAAAAAGCAAGACUGAGCAAGUCAUGAAAUCACCAGAUGGAUCUGCAGGGAAGGACUUACUGUCAAGGUUUCUAGACUUGGAAGAGACAGAUCCAAAGUUCCUUAAAGACAUCAUUCUCAGUUUUAUCAUUGCAGGAAAAGACACAACGGCAACCACAAUGUCCUGGUUCCUUUACACUCUCUGCAAAUAUCCUCAUGUUCAGGACAGGAUUGUAGAAGAAACCAAAGAGGCCACCAAUUUAGAAAGCUUUUCAUCUGUUGAGGAACUUGCUGAUAGUAUAACUGAAGAAGCACUUGAAAAUAUGCAAUAUCUAACUGCAGCUUUGACUGAGACACUCAGACUUUACCCAGCAGUUCCAUGGGAUGGUAAGAUCUGUUUCUCGGAUGAUACAUUGCCAGAUGGAUUUAGUGUCAAAAAAGGAGAUUUUGUUUCAUACCUGCCUUAUGCCAUGGGAAGAAUGAAAUACGUGUGGGGUGAUGAUGCUGAGGAAUUCAAGCCAGAGAGAUGGCUGGACACAAAUGGAAAGUUCCAGCAAGAAAGUCCUUUCAAAUUCACAGCUUUUCAGGCUGGUCCAAGACAGUGCCUAGGGAAGGAUUUCUCUUACAGACAGAUGAAGAUCUUCUCUGCAAUCCUUUUAAGUAGCCACAAGUUCAAGCUUGCAGAUGAAAGCAAAAAAGCUCAUUACAGGACUACUCUUACUCUGCAUAUGGAUGGGGGUCUGCACCUUCAUGCUCACCCUAGAUUGGGACACCUAAAACCCUAGAUACUCUACAAAAGUGAUGUUGCACAUUAAUGACAUGAUGUUACUAUAAUGCAGGGACGGAGCCAGGAUUUAAGAAUAAAAGAGGCCAAUAUUAAAAAAACAUAUUAAUUAUAAGUCAAAAGUUUGUAAUAUCUAUAUAAUAUAAAAAAAAUUAAAAAAAUUGGGGGGCCACACCCCUGCUAGCCCCCCCUCCCUCCGCCACUGUUAUAAUGCAUGUUUGGUAUAUGGAAUUGUAUUAAAAAAAAAUGGGAUAAAUGUAUUCCUCAUUUCUUUUCUAAAAAAUACUUUUCUACUUACUAUAUAAGGCAUAAGCUCGCGUCCUUCUCAGUGAAAUGAUUACAUAAGUAGAAGAAGAUGCAGCAUUGCAAUUACAUGAUAUAUUAAUUAACAUUUAGAUUGUAUUAAAGUCCAUAGUAUGUAUUAGACAUAUAUUAUUACAGUUCACCUCUCUCUUGAAUGUGAAGGUCUAUUGUGUUGACCAAGCUUAUGCAUGCGGCUUUUCUCUCUACUUUUGUAUUCUUCGGUUCAAAAAGUUAAGUUAUACAU